AUGUCUACAACAAAAUCAAUCCUCAUCACGGGCUGCUCGGCCGACGGCAUCGGCGCAGCCAUGGCGCUCGUGUUAGCCAAGCGAGGCCACCACGUCUUCGCGACGGCUCGACAUACCUCCAAGAUCCCCGAGUCCCUUCGUAGCCUCAGCAACGUCACCACCAUGGCGCUCGACGUCGCAGACCCGUCCUCCAUUGCUGCCGUCGCCCGGGCCGUGGCGGACAGCGGGCGCGGCCUGCAGGUGCUCGUCAACAACGCCGGCGGCGGAUACGUACGGCCUGUGCUCGACAUCGACAUUGCUGCGGCGCAGCGGCUGUUUGAGGUUAACCUGUGGGGCCCGCUGCGGAUGAUCCAGGCCUUCGCUGACCUUCUGAUCUCGAGCCGCGGCCGGAUUGUCAACGUGAGCUCGUCGGCUGCCGUCAUUAACUCGCCGUGGUAUUCGACAUACGCCGGGUCCAAGGCCGCAUUGAACACUGUCUCCGAGACGCUGCGGCUGGAGCUCGAGCCGUUCGGUGUGACUGUCACCACCAUUAUGCCUGGAGUCAUCGACAGCAAGCUCCACGUCAACGACGCUGCUGGUUUCGACAUCCCACUGAGUUCGCGUUACUCGCGAAUUAGGGACAUCAUUGCCAGUAACGCUAGCGGUGAGUUCCUCCCGAAGGACAGUCUCUCGGCGGAGAAGUUCGCCGAAUUGGUGUUGGACGAUAUCACCGGGACUGGGAAGGGAGGGCUGGUCACUCGAGGACCGUAUGCUUCUAUGUUGAGAUGCAUAAGCCAGUGGGCACCGACCUGGGUUGGAGAUUUCCUCUUUAGUCAAAACCAGGGGCUCAAAGAGCUAUCACAGAAAAUUGCGCAGGAUAAGGGUACCUAA